CAUCAAAAAAGCGGUCCUCAAUUCCAAGUGCGUUCGCGAUUGUGCUUGGCGCGUUCCUAGCAGGUCUGUCUUCCUGAGGUUAUCUCUCGCGCGGCCGCGUCCAGUCACUGACCUAGCAACCCAUCCGUCAGGUGCAAUGUUUAGUCUCUCACUGGUCUCAGUCCCCGUCAUGCUGGACACCAACACGGAGACAGCCGUGCUCUUGAAACAAUGGGUUCGCCUCUAUCACUACGGCCAUUUACUCAUGCCAGGCCUGGCAAUUUGUACAUUCCUGCUGUACACCUUCGUUGUCGUGCAACGACGCAGUUCCGGAACCGAUGCCCAGUGGAGAAGAUACGCUUUGGCAGCAGCGACAACCGUUACGAUGAUUCCCUUCACCUUGGCCAUCAUGGUUCCCACCAAUGAUACUUUAUUCCGCUUAGACCGCCAGACGCGUGUCGAUGGAACGAAGGAAGUUCUGGUCUCGGGAGAUGUUCGGGCAUUGGUGGUCCGAUGGAGCUGGAUGCAUAUCGCCCGUUCAUGCUUCCCACUGCUGGGUGCAGUACUGGGAGUCGGAGCAUUGGCAGAAGACCUCACAUUGCCAAUAAUGUCUCAGCCAUCGAAGCAGCAGGCCAAGUAAGCAAAGAUUAGUAAACCAUCAAUGACUUGUCGGAGUAGCCGAAGAUGUUGAGAGAGUCUGGGGCUGAGGACGAUGUGUGAGGUCGGGACUCGGGCCUUUGAGAUCUAGUUCUACAGGGUUCGGGUGUUAUAUGAUACAACCUUGCAGGGCUUCGGCUCUCGCCUCUGUAUCUCUUCAUCUCCAUCCUCGUUGUUGAGAAGAGCCGCAUUCCGUUUCCGAG